CAGAACUGAGAGCUGGUUGUGUUUUCGCUGGGCUCGAGUUGUCAUCUUCAACUGGCAAUGGCGCCUUAUUUCCUCCGGGUCUGCGGAGUGUUCUGGGUGAUGCUGGGAACCUGCUUUGUGGUCACAGGUAUGGCUUCUUCUUUCUCGUCUUCUGUUCCCUUCAGUGAAAUGGGCCAGUCGGUUUAUUCACAGCAGGACGGCAGGUUGAGGGGACAAUGGGCCUGUCUCAAGCCAGAUGUUGCUGGACUCCAUCUCCCAGUCAACAUAGCUAAUGGUCAGGGAUGAAGGCAAGGGCAUCGUCUCCUUGGGGUGAGAUACUUUGGGGGGCCCUAUCUUUGUUAGGGUCUGGGCCCCCUCAAUAUUCUUUUUUUUAUUUAAAUUUUUAUUGAUUUUAACAUAUAAAUUAUAAAAUGUACCACAAAACUUAUCACUUAUACAAUCUUUUUAGACUUCCAUCAGCACCUCUGAUGAUCCACUGUUUUAACCACUUCCUAUGCAUUUCUUAACUUUAUAUUGCCUUUACAAAUCAUCCUUCCCCUUCUCCAAUUUUGCAAUACUUCCAAUAAUACUCCUCACAAAACUUCUUGCAACCCUACAAAUGUCGUCUGUUCUUCACAAAUACUUUUCAAAUAGUCCGUAAAUUUACUCCAGUCUUCCUUGAAUUUCUGGUCCCGCCGGUUUCGAAUCCUUCCUGUCAGUUUAUCUAAUUCUGCAUAGUCCAUGGGCCCCUCAAUAUUCAGAGGGCCCCCUGCCCAAUUUCAGGACACAGCAUCAAGACCCCUCUAACAUCUGGAGAAGCUGGCACCUCUGGAAAAAGCAGAGUUCCAGCCUAGCAACAUCUGGAGGAUUACAGGUUUCCCUCCCUGGGUAAUUUCUAAAAAGAGGGAGACACUGGGCCUCAGACCUGCCUAAAAACUCAAGUUCUCUCACUGUAAUAAUCAUAGUCUUCCUCCUAGGGCUGGAAGGUGAAGCGAUGUUUAGUUCAGGACUCAAAUUUCAAAAUUGUGCUCACAUUUGAAACCUGUGUAAAAUGUGGUUCCAGUUAGACGUUAAAUCACCGGAGAGCUUUGCUUUGUCUUGUUUUGUUGAAAAGAGAGAGAUCUCUUCACCUCCGCCCUCCCUUUCGCUGCCAUUUUGUGGUUUUUCACCUUUUAUGCACAUGCUGUAGUUUCAGAGAAGGCGACGCGGAUACGCUUCAUCGCUGCCCGGUGGGGCAGCCAAGUGUCCUUCAGGUGCGUCUCCAGCUCUCCGGCAAAUUGGUACAAAGAGACGGAGAAGGGCAAGCAUCAGGAGAUGGUGAACACUUCCAGAGUCCAGGUGCUGAGGAACGAAUCUCUGGUCCUGAUGCACAUCAGCAAAAUCCAGCUCACCGACAACGGCAUCUACUUCUGUGAGAACAACAAGACACGAAUUAGUCGGCAGCAGUGCUGCGGCACUGAACUGCGAGUCAUGGGUGAAUAGCUUUAAUUUGCUUCAAUAUUCCUUUUUCCUGCUUCCAGGGUCCUGUAAUCUGUGGCUGUGAGUAACCAUGAAGCAGGGCUCUGCCUUAAAGUCUACCUUUCCUGGGCACAGACCCUGCAAGUGUCCCUAUUUUCCAGGGACACCCCUGAUUUGCGUCGACAGGCGGAGUCCCCCAAACCCUGGGCGGCCCCCCCCAUGUGGAAUAACGACUCAAGACAACGUACUAUGGGAUUAAAUUGGCCACAACUUUAUUAUAUUUCAGAUGUGGGUAGACCUUGGCUCAGGCAUUGGGCGUUAUCCCUCCCCGGUCCCCCACCGGGGAUCUGGGGAACAUCAGGGUUAUCCAGUGGGGGUGGGGGGUGGGCUGGCUCUGGAGAACAUAUGUUCAAGCAGAGAUACCUGUGGAGAAAAGGUUAACCUGCAAAAUAUGACUUAACUGAGGGUGGGUAGGGUGGGAGAAGCUCUGGAGCCAAGUGAGGAUUCCUAGGGAAGAUCCUCCCUCUAUUGUGUGGGCAGGUAGUCCCUCCCCUACCUGGACUGGUCUCCUUGGCAACGCUUCCCCCAGGCGGGAUUGGACAACUGACUGAGGUAGGCGGAGACCUCCAGGUAUCCCACCUGAGGGAAGGCUAAGCCAAGCCUGUGCUGAUGGAGCCGCUCCAAAUCCAGGGGCUGUGCGCGUCCACGCAAAGGGCGCCCCCCGUUUAACGCGGGGAGUGGUCAUUACAGAAGCCAUCCCAGUUUCUGAUUUGAUCCUGGAAUGUCCCGCUUUUCCUUAGGACGUCCCUAUUUUCAUUGGAGAAAUGUUGGAAGGUAUGGAGUAAUCCGACCCCUGAGCCAUAUGAAGGCAGUUCUGUAUAGGGAAGUUUUUUUAAAAAAAAAGUUGAAUGUUUUAUUAUUAUUAUUUUUUAUAUGUUGGAAGCUGCCCAGAGUGGCUGGGGCAACCCAGUAAGAUGUGUGGGGUAUAAAUGGUAAAAUUAUCAUUAUGGAACGGGGUGUCCCUCUUUUCAUCGGGCACAUGUAGGGAACAGCCACAUAUUCACAGGGAAAAGGUAUUUCCUGGCAUCUUGGAUUGUUUCUGACCCCAUUUAGAGGCCCAUGCUUGCUCUGUUCAAUCAAAGGGCAGGAUUCAGUUAAUGAGUCUUGUUAGUGGAAGCCCAGAACAAGGGUGUCCAUUUGUGCGAUGGAGCUUUCUUCCCUCCUCUUGCUUCGCCCUCCAAAAUUGGCUCUGGGGAGGUGGAGGGGUGGCUCCGGGAGAGAAAUUGGCUCUGGGUGAGACACCCCCCGCCCUCAUGGAGGAGAUGGGUGGGGUUGUUCCUGUCAGGAGCUCAUCCUACUCUCGAGUAGGACCCUGGCAGAGACACAUGCCCGAUUGGCAUGUUCCCUCCCUCCUGGUCGAUCGUUCAGGAGCUUCAUAAGCUUUCUUCUCCCUGAACAUCACAGCAACCGAUGCCAACAGACACCGGCACACUUAGAGAUCUGCAGAGUCUUCACAGCUUGCGUAACAGACCUCAGCAACUCAGCAUUUUGGCUAAUCUACUUUAUUUACAUAUAAACACACACAGAGCACUGCAACAUGGCUCCCUCUCUCUCUAGCAUCAGACAGCAAAGAGAAAAAGAACAAAGGACAAUAGUCCUACUUCAAGGAACACAGUAACACAAACAUCCUGUCUCCGUCACUUCCCACUCCAUGGAGUCAAAACAUACACCGUCAUGUGAUAGACAAAAAUCCCAUGACUGCAAUCACGGAGCAGGAAUUCUAACAGUUCCAUCCAGCGAGUCACAAUGUUUACACUGACAGAACCAUCACCGUAGCACAACACUGGAUUCCACCAGAGCCCUGGAUGCUUAUGCAAAUGCAAACCAUGCCCACAGUCGCACUGCAUUGUGGGCUUUGCAGUCUGUUGUAUAUUAUAGCAGGGAGCUGUUCCCGUUCAAAGACGAAAAGGAAACCAUAGUCACAUUGCAGCCAAAGGUGACAGACCAUAGGCUGAGCUAAGUAAUGAGCUUAUCUUGUCUUCGUUCUAAGGUAUCAGCACAUUUCAGCAAGUGCAGAAUCGAAACACCCUGAAAGAUGCCAUCAUCGUGAUCCAGACCCUUCUUAUUGUCCUGUUUGUGAGUGUUCCUGUGUUUCUAACUAUGGGGAAGGUAAGUGAAUUGGGCCUUCUGUGGAAUGCCAAAUUCUGACAUCGCUAGUGCUCAAGCGCUGCUACAGCGCAAUGAUGUAGUCCUAACAUCUCAUUCCUUUUAAUAGCCUGGUUUUUUGUGUUUUUUUUGAGACAUUGUGCGUAUACAGCAGUAAAUACAAACAACCCAUUUGCAACAAGGCCAUAAAAACUGACAUGUGGCAAGUCUUUUAAGGUUCAGCCUGCAAGUAGCACCAGCUCAAUCAAACUGGGAAGUUGUAGCGUAUUGUGUUUUUAAUAUUCAGUGGGAAGCAGCCCAGAGUGGCUGGGGAAACCCAGCCAGAUGGGCGGGGUAUAAAUAAUAUUAUUAUUAUAUUAUAGCGCUGUUUCCUGGCUGCAUGCAAAGCAGAGCCAACAGACCACAGCCACUGGGGAGCUGGUUCCACAAAAUCAGAGCUACUGUGAAAGAGGACCUGUUCUGUACUUUCCCAAGUCCCACCUCCCAUGUAGAGAGACUGGGCUUUGCACAGAACCUCCAUGACUGACCCUACUGGGUAGCCACUUCUUGUUUCUAGCAUGGCAUUGCAGAAGUGUAAUAGACAAGAGAUCAGAUGCUGGGACAGAUAUUUAAGAGAGAGCUUCAAUGGGUGUCAGGUUCCAUGAGUUCUCAGAACCCCAGGGGGUCUCUCACCCACAGUGACCCCUCUGGUGGGUUCCUUAUUCAAAGAAUUUAGUUACUCAGUCUCAUCAUAGGAACCCGGUCUACAGUGGUACCUCAGGUUACAUACGCUUCAGGUUAUAUAUGCUUCAGGUUACAGACUCCGCUAACCCAGAAAUAGUACCUCAGGUUAAGAACUUUGCUUCAGGAUGAGAACAGAAAUCGUGCUCCAGUGGCGCGGCGGCAGCAGGAGGCCCCAUUAGCUAAAGUGGUGCUUCAGGUUAAGAACAGUUUCAGGUUAAGAACGGACCUCCGGAAUGAAUUAAGUACUUAGCCCGAGGUACCACUGUAUUCUGUUAUGUACACAGUCCUUUCUUCUGUCAAUCUUUCCUCUCCUUCUUAUCCUCUUAGUAGCUCGCCAUGUCAGCUUAAUAGCCCCAGCCCCCUUUUUCCUAUUCCUCUUUCUUUUACCCUACACUUUGUCCUUACUGGGGCCAUGCCAUUUUCCUCUGUCCUUCAUCCCUUUUCCCCUACACUUCCUCUGUCUUCUCCCUUUGUGUUUCUCUCCUCCUCGCCCUCCUGGCUUCCUCUGUGCUUCUCUUCUAUGUUUCUUGUCCUCCUCCUCCAUGUUGGGACUGACACCAGGCACACAGCAACACACCAACUUUUAAAGAGCUGCCCUCUGCGUCCAUCUCUGCACAGCUCCACUUCUGGUCCUGAUGCCUCCAGGUUUUGCUGGACCAGCCAAGGAGCCUCUUGGAGUCAGUCAGUCAGUCAGUUUUAUCGCACAUAGCCAAAGGCUGCUGCAAUGUACACAGAAUCAUUCAACAAUUAAAAGGAAAUUUACUGGAUUGAUACAAAAAACUUAAAACUUUAUAUUACCAGGACAUUACCUACUCUAAACAGAGCUAUAAAAGUACCUUAAUAUACAAGUUAAGACAUUAAACAAUAAUAUUUAUAAGCUAAAAUUAUCACAUGGCCACUAAUAUAUUAAAAAGUAAUGUUAAUUAAUACAAUGUGCAAUUAUAUUCGGAGCUUGGUGAUAAAGAUAGAAUAUAGCUUGAUGUAGAUAGGGUCAAAUAAAUUCAUCUCCUUUAUGGUUGGUGGCUACCUUGGCUAUAUAAUUUGCUCUAAUUUUCCUAGCAGCAGUUGCAAAGACUGCUACACGCCAGGUCACAUACUUAUCUGUGUCUGUGAGGAGAUUUAAAAUCAUCUCAGAAGGGUUCUGGCCAGGGGACCUUGCCAUUAUAGGUGCUAAAAAUCUUUCUCUUGCUUCAUUAUAUAAGGGGCAGCGCAAGAUAUAAUGCAUAAGGUCCUCUACUUCAGGACAUCCCUUAAUGCAAACACGUUCGUUUGUUGGUAUGCCUCUGUGUCUCCCAUCUCUAUAAGCAGAGAUUAUUGUAUUUAAUCGUAACUCUGUAAAAGCUUUCCGAAGUUGCACAAAAGUCAAUUCAUAAAAAUAAGAUGUAUAUUCAUAGUCCUCUCACCAAGGACUGCUUCUCAAAGGGUUUAGGGCCUUCUCAAGAUGUACGGAUUAAUCUGAAUCACCCAUGAAGUCCCAUGAAACUGUGUUGCUUGGUAGUGUGCAUAGGUAUUUUUUAGACCAUCUUUAGCUGAACAGGUGCAAGUCUGGCUCCAAGUUUUGGUAGGCCUUUGGGCAACACCAUCUUGCUGCCCGCCAGCCCUGGCACAGUCCCUUCAGCAUCAUCUCUGGCAAUUUCCCCAAAGCCCUUGUUUGAGACAAUCCUGCUCUGUUACUCUGCUGAUUCCCACCCAACAUUUGCCAAGGUGAGGGAUGCUUCGCUAGCCGUUCCUUUUCAAACAGAGACUAAACAGCUUGGAAUAAUGUGACGCUGUUUCUCCUUCAGGGUGAUGGCAAGGAUGAGUCGGCUGAGGACCACACUUACGAGGUGAGCAACAGAGUGAGGUAUUUUCAAAAUGGUAAAGCUGGAAAGUGGGGUAGUCCAUCUUGGGCAGGAGAGAGAAGAGAAAGUACAGAAAUUCAUUCAGACAUCAGCCAAGGUAGGAGCAAACAGAGCCUGGCUAGAAGCUGUUAGUGGAGCACUGGGUUCAGAGAGGAGAAGAAGUGUUCAUCUUGCAGAAGUGGUGCUGGGGGGGACGGGGGACGGACGGACAGACAGUAUAUGUGUGUCAGCAUCUUCACACAAGUGAAAGAGAAAAAGGAGGAGGCCUAAGUGAAUAGGGGAAGACAAUGGUGUUUGUAUAUGCCACGAUCUGUGUUCAGGUGACUGCUGAGCGCUUUAAAACAAUUGUGUGCCUGUUGUCUGGCGAGAGAGAGAAAGAGUUCGCAGAGAAUGGACAUAGGGAAAUAUAUCGAAAUCCAAAGCCAUACCUGUAAAUUUAUGUGGUUCUGUAAUGUCAUUCGGAUCCAGCCUUUUCAUUGGUACAUUUGAGGAAUUGGGGGGUGGGGGGCGACCCAGACCAAAGCAAUUACAGCAAACCAACACAAAAAUAUUGUCACAAAUAUGAAAAUCAUGUUUGGUUCAUAAUUAUUACGAAUCAUACAUUUCUGUGAUUGUGGGGUGGGAAGAUAGAAGGCUGGGUUUUUGCCCCUUCUACCUGCUGCUGCCCAUUGAUGGUUGCCACCCAUAGCUGUCAACGUUUCCCUUUUUUUAAGGGAAAUUCCCAUAUUCCGAAUAAGAUUCCUCGCAAGAAAAGGGAAAUGUUGACAGCUAUGUUGCCACCUGGGUGCAUUUUGGCCAAGCUGAACUGUUUUCAGGUGUGCAAGCCGUUACUGGUGAUUUAAAAGUCAGUGAUUGAUGGAUAUGUAUUUGUCUAGGGCAAGAGUGGAUCCCUGCCUUUGUAUACAAACUUUUCCCCUUUUCCCUUUUGCUUCUUCACAGGGGUUGGCGGUUGAACUAGCUGAUACAUAUGAAGACAUUUGUACUUACCAGGACAGAGUAACAGACAAGUGGAAUCUGGGAGAAAGUCCAGGCGAGGAGUGAAAAGUUUUGCAGCAUCUUUGGCAAGGUGUGCCACACCUGACUCGGGAACAAGUUUUGCUUGGCUACAGUGCUCUCGAUGCAGCUCUCGCUUGCUUGCUUAGCUAUCAUCAGCCGAACAGCUAGAUCAAAUGUGGUACUCCUUUGCUCCUGAUUCCUUGGGCAUUGGGUUUGUUUUUAAGAGGCACCCAAAGCUGGUGUAGUGGCAGACCCUAUUUAGGGGAGCUCCCCUCCUUCCCUCCCCAUACAAGAGGAAAACAUAAAAUUGUAAAUAAUAAAAUCUGAGCAUGGGUUUGAUUCUCACAUACGUUUUUUUCUAACAACAGUUUGCUUGUCAUAAAUGUGCGUUCUAAUUUGAAUGGGUUUCCUCCCACACAUGCACACAUCCUCAAUUCUUGAAGCUGCUAGAUUUAGGGUGGUUUUUAAAGGAAAGCCGGAUAUUAGAAGUGUCAAAUUCGGUAAGCCAAUGCCAAACGUAGGGAUGGGGGAGCCAUUCAGUUCAGUUCUCAUUUAAAGGUGAAC